AUGAAGACAAGAAAAUUGUGUAUAAACGAGUGCAUCCCAUAUGUACAAAAAUAUGAAUGGGGUGAAGGAAAAGAAGGGAUGGUUUAUGAUGUUAUGAAAAAUAUAGUAAACGAUAAUUAUGAUAUAAUUAAAAAGGAUAUAAAUAAUUAUGAAUAUUUAAAAGAGUAUGCUGAAGAUAUAGAAAAUGAUAAUAAUAACAAUGGAGUAGAGAAAAAUGAAAAUGAAGUAAAACAAAUCCCAAUUGAUAAGGCUCAUCGAUAUGCUGAACUAUGGAUUGGCAAUCAUCAAAAUGGCCCUAAUUUAAUUCGAUACAAAAAUGGAUUAGUACCAAUCGGAGAAUUUAUAGAUAUAUAUAAAAAUAAAAAAGCAAAAAAUCAUAAAAUUUCAAAAUAUUUUUAUAGAAAUAAAGAAGAUGGCACAAAUGAUGAAAAUUCAAAUCCAAAUCCAAAUACAAAUGUAAAUAAUACAAAUGCUAGCAAUAAUGCAAAUAAUGAAUCGAAUACUGAAAAUAAAAAAAAUUCUCUACCAUCCAAUAUAGUUGUAAAUAAUAAUGAUAAUAAAAGAGAAGAUACCAUUAAGAGACAUUCUGAUGGAGAUUGUAAUGAUAUAUCAUAUAAUCAUACCGAAGAAUCAUAUAAUAGUACGACUAAUAAAGAUGGACAAUUAUUAAAAGAAAGUUUACAAGAAAACGAAGAUUUAUUUCCAUAUCUUUUUAAAAUGCUUUCAAUAAAUAAACCCCUUAGUGUUCAAAUCCAUCCAAAUGAAGCCCAAACAUUAUAUUUAAAUACUGUAAAUCCAACUGUUUAUAAAGAUAAAAUUUUCAAAACUGAAAUGUGUGUAUGUAUUAAUUCAAUGAGCCUAUUAUGCGGGUAUAUCAAUAUAUUUAAAAUUGCAUUUUUGAUCAAAAAUGUAAAAGAACUUUAUGAUUUUUUUAUGAAAAAAGAUGAAAAUGGAUUUGAUGCAUAUGAAAAUGAUAUAAAAAUAGAUAAAAAAAUAAGUAGUAAUGAAAAUUUUAAAAGGGAUAAUAAAAAACCAGUAUCACGUAAAGAGCCAGAAUGGAAAAUGAAAAAUAAUGGCCCAGAUGAAUUUGGACGAAAAAAAAAAACUGGUAGCAAUAAUAAUAAUAAUUUUGAAAAUAACCAUUUUGGAAAUAAUAAUUUUAACAAUAACAACUUUGGAAAUAACAACAACAAUAAUCAAAAUAAUAAUAAAGAUUUAUUUUCUUUAUUUGACUUAUUUGAUGCGAAUAAAACCGAAGAGAUAGAAGAACUUAUAAAUUGCUUUUCAGGAGUAUAUAAAUACAUAAUUAAUUAUUCUAUAAAAAGAUAUAAUGAAUCUAAUUGUGAUAUUAUAUCUAUCAUUGAUAAUUAUGCAGAGUGUAUACAAAAAUAUGUUUUCUAUGAAGAUUUUUUUCGUAAUUUUUAUAAAAAUGACAAACCUCCAAAAGAUAAUAUAAAUAUAGGUAAUAUUAUAAAAACAGAAAAAGAAAAAUUAAUCGAAUUUUUUAAACAGAAUAGAAAUAUUCCUGAUAUGAUAGAUUCAAAUGUAGAAAAAUAUAUAAAUAAUAUAGAUGAAAAUGAAACUACUGAAGAUAAUGAAAAUAACUCUACACAGAGUAUAAAUAACGAGGGUUUCUUUAUAACUAUGAAAAAAAUAAAAUCACUUUAUGAGCAUAUGUAUAAAUAUUUAACAUAUAGAAUAUUCUUAGCAGAAAAUGAAGUAUUAAAUAAAUAUAUAACUUCUAUUAUUACGAAAAAUCCAAAAUAUUGUUCUUAUAUAAAAACAAAAGAAAAAUUAAAAAAAAAUAUUGAUGAAUUAUAUAUAGAAGCUUGUAAAAAAAAAAAUCCAGAAAACAUAUCUAAAGAAGCAGAAAAUUAUAUUAUAAAUAAUAUCUUUGAAAUAUUAUGUAAUGUUUCUAAAUUUUAUCCAGAAGAUAAUGGAAGAAUAUUUGUUUUCAUAUUACAAUUAAUUAAUUUAAGAGAUGGUGAUGUUAUAUAUAUCAAACCUGGAGUUAUGCACUCAUAUAUUUCAGGUAACUGUUUAGAAUGUAUGACUAAUUCUGAUUUAGUUAUAAGAGGGGGUUUAACAAGUAAAGAAGUUGAUAAAGUCAAUUUUAUAAAAUAUGUUAAUUAUAAAAAUAAUCAUCCUGUAAUUUUAGAAAAAGAAUUUAUUAAUUAUAAUAUUAUAUCAUGUAGUUAUAAAAGUAUGAAAUAUUUCAAAAUUUUAUUUGUUAAAAUCCGACCAGGAGAAGUUGUUAAUUAUAUGUUUUCAGAAACAUCUUUUACAUCCUGUAUUAUUCUUUCUUCAAAUACAAAAACACAAUUAAAAGGAAGAAAAAAAGAAAAAAAAAAAGCAAGUAUUAAAUCAAUAAAAAAAGGAACCGUUUUUGUUAUUGCUCCUAAUAUUAUGGUUACUAUGUCAAAUCAAUAUGAAGAUAAAGAAGAUGGAGAUAAAGAUUUUGUUUUAUAUUGUGCUACAGCAUAA